AUGCUUGUUUCUCUGAAGACGUGUAAUUAUUCCUUCCUUUAUUUUGCUGCACAAGUUACCAAGAGAAGCAGCUUAAAACCAAAUGUGAGUAUCGAGAACUCCACCAGAAUGACCAGCAGUCACACAGACUGUCAUUACUGCCUGCAGUCUCUUCGUGGAAAGAAGUAUGCAUUAAGAGAAGAAAACGCUUAUUGUGUUACCUGUUAUGACAGCCUGUUUGCCAACCCCUGUGAAGAGUGCAAGCAACCUAUUGAGUGCGAUUCCAAGGAUCUGGCCUACAAAGGCCGCCACUGGCAUGAGGGGUGCUUCAAGUGUACCAAAUGCAAUCGCUCGCUGGUGGAGAAACCAUUUGCUGCCAAGGACGAGCUCUUGCUGUGUACUGAAUGCUACUCAGAUGAGUAUUCAUCUAAGUGUUUCCACUGCCAGAAGACCAUUAUGCCUGGUUCACGUAAAAUGGAAUUUAAGGGAAGUUCCUGGCAUGAAUCCUGUUUCGUUUGCCAGUAUUGCCGGCAGCCAUUGGGAACAAAACCAUUGAUCACCAAAGGCAAUGAGAAUUACUGCGUGCCCUGUUUUGAGAAGCAAUUUGCUCACCAUUGCUAUUCCUGCAAAAAGGUAAUAACUUCUGGGGGAGUGACCUACCAUGACCAGCCUUGGCAUAAAGAAUGCUUUGUGUGUGCUGGGUGUAAAACCCAGCUGUCUGGCCAAAGGUUUAUUUCCAAAGAUGAAUAUCCAUACUGCGUAGACUGCUUCAGCAAAUUGUAUGCUAAGAAGUGUGCUGCUUGCAAGAAACCUAUUACAGCUCUUGGAGGUGCCAAAUUUGUCUCCUUUGAAGAGCGCCAGUGGCAUGGGGAAUGCUUUAACUGUGCAAAAUGCUCUGUCUCACUGGUGGGCCAAGGAUUCCUCACUCGGCAGGAUGAUGUCCUCUGUCAUGGAUGUGCCUCUGCUUCAUAG